ACGCCUGCCAGCCCCUUCCCAGUCCCUGUGCCUGUUCAGAAGGCCUGCAGCCCGCCCGCCCGCCCCCCCGCCCCACCUCACAACUCCGCAGCCGCUCGCUCGACGCCCCGGGCGUUUCAGCUCCGCCCAGCAAUGCAGUCUGCGGCGUGUGCGACCAGGUCCUGGCUGGCGGGCAGCCCCGCGCCAGCCCCCGCCGGCGGCAGCAGCGGCAGCGGGCGGGCGCCCCGCCGCGCCGCCGCCGCCACCAGGCGGCUGCCGCUGCGGGUGGCGGCUGCGGCCGAGGUGCAGCAGCCGUCCUCCAGCUCGGCCAAGGAGGUGCUGGAGCGCGCGGCGGACCGGACGGGGGCAGACGGCGCCGCCUUUGACCCGCGCGCCUUCCGCCGCUCCCUCAACUCCACCGGCCGCUACACGCGCAAGCCCAGCAACGACCCCGACUCGCUGUCGCUCAUGGAAGAGCACGGCGUGGGCUACUCCACAGCGGGCCUGGUGGCGCAGAUGCGGGAGCAGGGCUACGCGUGGAGGCAGGGCGACGUGAAUGUGAAGCUGGCAGAGGCAUACGGCUUCUGCUGGGGCGUGGAGCGUGCGGUGCAGAUGGCGUACGAGGCCCGCCGCGCAUACCCGGGCCAGCGCCUGCACAUCACCAACGAAAUCAUCCACAACCCAAGCGUGAACCAGCGGCUCAAGGAGAUGGAUGUUCAGUUCAUUGACGAGGGGGCGGACGGCGGCAAGGACUUUAGCGGCGUGAAGGAGGGGGAGGUGGUCAUCCUGCCCGCCUUUGGCGCCAGCGUGCAGGAGAUGCGCCUGCUCAACGACCGCAACGUGCAGAUCGUGGACACCACCUGCCCCUGGGUCAGCAAGGUGUGGAAUGCCGUGGACAACCAGGCGCGCAAGGGUCACACCUCCAUCAUCCACGGCAAGUGGGCUCAUGAGGAGACCAUCGCCACCGCCUCCUUCGCAGGCACCUACCUGAUUGUGAAGGACCUGAAGGAGGCACAGUAUGUGUGCGACUACAUCAUGCACGGCGGUGACAGGGCAGAGUUCCUGGCCAAGUUUGAGAACGCCAUGAGCGCCGGCUUCGACCCCGAGCAGGACCUGCAGCGCAUCGGCAUGGCCAACCAGACCACCAUGCUCAAGGGUGAGACGGAGGCGAUUGGCAAGCUGCUGGAGAAGACCCAGCUGCAGAAGUACGGGCCAGGGGAGCUCAGCCAGCGAUUCAUGAUCAUGGACACAAUCUGCGACGCCACGCAGGAGCGGCAGGACGCUGUGUACAAGCUGGUGGGGCAGCAGAGCACGCCUGAGGGCAUCGACAUGAUGCUGGUGGUGGGCGGCUUCAACUCCUCCAACACCAGCCACCUGCAGGAGAUUGGGGAGAUGAAGGGCAUCCCCUCCUUCUGGGUCGACUCCGCCGCCCGCAUCGACGUGGGCGCCAACAAGGUGACCCACAAGCUGGCGCACGGCGAGCUGGUGGAGACGGAAAACUGGCUGCCAGAGGGGCCCAUCACGCUGGGCGUCACCUCGGGGGCAUCCACGCCAGACAAGGCCGUGGAGGAUGUGCUGGACCGCGUGUUCCGCAUCAAGGACCCGUCCUUCACCGGAAUCACGCCCCGCAAGACCAGCGUGCAGAAGGCGGCGCACGGCGAGGAGGAGUGAGGCGCCCUGCACGGCGCACGGCCUGGCCUGGCCGCUGCUGGUGUCGAGCCGCCGCUGCGCGCGCUCGUGUGUGAUGUGUCGAUGCCGAUGCUGUACCUCUCUUGGUUUUGUUCCUUUCUUUUCUACCCUGCUAUAGCUCUGCUGUUCCACUGGCACUGAGUACUUCGCCCCGCUGAGCAAACUUACGCUUAUCACACGGGGGCUGUAAUAGGCAACAAG